GAGUUGAACUACCUCGCGACUUUAUUCGCUCAGCUGAAGCAAGCACAAGCAAAGUUUAAGUCACGCAUUGAGAAUGUCGGAGAUAAAACAAAGGUACAUCAACGAGUGAUUAUCUUCGUUCCUUUGACAAACUCCCUGUAUGUUCCCGGUCACCUGAGUGAUGCAGAUCAUAUU